CGGGGGAAAGAAACCUGAGCAUGGACAUCGUCAUCAGGCCAGGAGCCCUCACGAACGCAUAUUCUCCGGGGUACCGCAACAAAGGAAUACUCCUCGAUGUCACACACGCAGACCCGCAAGCACAGGUACACUUGCGGAACGGCAGCGCGACCAGCGAUGGAAUCGCAGCCCAAGCAUCCGAGGCGCGAAAGCGUCAGCACUACGCUCGUCCGGGACACGUGUCCUUUGACGAACGCAGCUUUAAACUUACCACCUUAGCCGUGGAAAGCUUUGGCCGCCUUGGAGAGGAGGGUUACGAGUUCAUCGAUGAACUUGCGACACAUGCCGUGGGAGGAAGGGACGGAGGAACGAUGGCUCUGAAAGGAGUCUUCAAGGAACGACUUCUUCAGAUCGUUUCGGUGGCUACACAGGUGGCCAUAUCUCGGCGAGUGCAGAGGUACAAGCUCGCAUUGCGCGGGCGUCAAGGCGCCGAAAACAGGCGAACAAGAUCGACCUCGGACCAGUCAACGCCAAUGAUAUGGGGAUGGAGUGUAGACGCAUCGUAGAACGCGUUUUCGUUUGAAGUUGGCGUCUUGUUUGAGAGUAGAUGUGACAGAUUUGCGUAGAAUAGGGUAAGAUGUUAUCAUGAACGGAGAUGAAAGGGCUUUUCCAACACGGAGAUGUAGCAUGGAUCAAAGCAUUUGUUGGAUUUCAGCUUUUACAAGCGGACAUCAACGCAGUAGUAUUUUAGCAAGCUUACGAACGCAUAUAGGAUACCAUCAGGAUU